GCAUCUUUUGUCUUCUCCCUUCUCCAGAAUGCGCUGUCAUGAUGCAGAGCCCCAAGAUUCACGGUCGGCCCGCUGAGGACUCUGCUCCUCUCAAGACAUCUUAUGCCACCACCAAGAAGUCCCACGACCCGUGGGUUCACUUGCUAGCUGGCGCGACUGGUGGUUUCGCAACUGCUAUCGCUACAUCUCCCCUCGAUGUUCUGAGAACACGUCUUCAAUCCGAUUUCUAUCAACGUCCUUCCCCUACCUCCGCGACCUCCGCGGCCGCUUCCGCCAUCUCCAAACAUACAAGCCACAAGACAACUCGAAUCAUUAGCAAUAUCUACCAAGCAGAAGGAUGGCGAGCGUUCUUCCGCGGUCUCGGCCCUAGUCUUGCUGGUGUGGUCCCGGCGACCGCCAUCAAGUUCUACGUCUACGGAAACUGCAAGCGGAUCGGUGCCCAACUGCUAGGUACCGGCGAAGAUUCAACCCUCGUGCACGCGCAGGCCGCCAUCUGCGCGGGAAUCGCGACAGCUACAGCAACAAACCCGAUCUGGCUGGUCAAGACACGAUUGCAAUUAGAUAAGGCCCAAACAACCACCGGAACCCGCCGGUACAAGAACAGUCUGGACUGUGUCCGCCAGGUGCUUCGUCAGGAAGGCAUCAGCGGAUUGUACAAGGGACUCAGCGCGAGUUAUUUGGGUUCUUUAGAGACUGCGCUUCACUUGGUCCUUUAUGAACGGAUAAAGACUAUUUUGCAUACUUCGCUCGGAUCGCCGGAUGGCAAGGAUACAGCCACUCAGAAGGAAAUUACGAGCUGGCUCAGCACAACUGGUGCGGCUGGAUCCGCCAAGUUUGCUGCGGCUCUUAUCGCAUAUCCCCAUGAGGUCAUCCGAACACGACUCCGUCAAGCGCCAAUGGAGAACGGCGUCCCCAAAUACACCGGCUUGGCACAGUGCUUCCGACUUAUCGCCAAGGAAGAGGGAAUGGCUGGUCUCUACGGAGGUCUGAUGCCGCACAUGGUUCGCUCGAUUCCCUCAGCCAUUAUCACCCUGGGUGUCUACGAGUUCGUUCUGCGAUUCAUCGGCACAUCAGCAUAAACAAAACAACACCACACUACACCACACAACAAUAAGUGCAUUCGCACACUGUACAAUAUCAUCUCGACCCGGCCUCCUGUAUCCAGUCUUUGCUGGACAAGGCGCUGCCGUGGCCUAAUUGCAUGUAUUCUUACCUGGGCGUUGGGGGACUGGAACUUUUUGGGGCUGUGCAUAGAAUCUCCUUUCAAGGAAUGUACCAUAUAUCACUACACAUCGGUUGUCAUUACCAUCAAUCUAAGAUAGAUUGGAUAUCUGGAGUUG